AUGCCUGAACCUGCCAGCGCUACAGUGGGGCCGGCUGUAGCAGACAUGGCUGUAGCGGGCAAGGCUGGAGCAGAGACGGUUGGAGCAGACACAAUUGUAGCAGACAAGGCUCUGGCUAAUGAGGCUGCAGAAGAUGAGGCUGUAGCAGACACGGCUGUAGCAGACACGGCUGUAGCAGACAAGGCUGUAGCAGACACGGCUGCAGCAAACUCGGCUGUAGUAGACAAUACUACAGCAGAGAAAGAGCAGCAGCAGCAACAAGGCACGGGGGAGGAGGAGGCAGCUAAGGCGCAGCAGCAGGGCAAGGAGAAGGGCAGGGGGCGGCAGACGUCGUACCUCCCUUUGGAGCUACUAGUGCCAGCGCUUCCCUUGCAGCACGUGCUCUUUGCCUCGCUGCUCCCCUCGCUGCUCUCCCGCCUUGACUGCCUGCUCACUGCCCGGGAUAUUCGGCAGUUCCUUUUGAACCAGUACGGGUGUGAGCAUCAGGGGCGCAGCUAUGGUGGUGGUGACGAGCGCAGGGAGGGUCAGCAGCAGCAGGAACCUCAUUUUCCUGCUAUUGAUCUGCUGCGCGCCCUCACGUGCCCCGGCACUACGGAGAGCGGAGUUGGGACGUAUGAGACGAACACCCACCUCCCUUCCCACCCCUGCCUUCAGCUGCUACGAGCCCUGACAUGCCCCGGCACAACAGAGAGCGGUGUGGGCACAUACGAGAGCGACGAGGUGCUGGGUGACAGUUGCGUGCAGCUCGCUGCCUCCUGCCACCUGUUCGCCACUAGCUUGCCACGUCAGCCGCCGCAUGGCGGGCAGCCGCCACAAGGACACGGGCAGAGUAAUGGGAACAACGGCUCAGCAGCAUACACUGAGAGCAAUGCCUCGAUGACAUCACAUGCGUUGCACAGCCAGCCUACCCAGCCGACAUAUGAUGACAUGAAGGGGCAGUGCGUGAAGCUGGUGUCAAACAAGCACCUCGCUGCACUGGCAGUUAAAGCCGGAGUACCUGCUCUCGUUCGCUGCAAGCCCUUCAGACCAUCCGACUGGAUCGGCCCUCUAAUCCCACCCUCCCACGCUGUGCUGCUUCUGGCUCACCCCCUUUCUCACUCACUUCCCCCACCACAGUCGCUUUCAGACUCCCUCGCACACACUCAGUCACAAGCAACAGCAUCUCCUCCUUCGUCCCCCUCUCGGGCUACUGCAGCUUCCCAGAACCUUCCGCCUUGCCCGAAAGCCCUUUUGGACUCUGCCUUCGCCUCGCUGGUAGCGGCGCAGGCAGCAUCCGCCGUCAAGUCAGCGCGCCAGCUCGGCAAGAAGACGCUCGCUGACGUGGCAGAGGCCUUGGUGGGCGCCAGCUGGCGGUGUGGCGGCGCUGACAUGGCGCUGCCGGUGCUGAGGUGGCUGGGCGUUCCUACGGAGGGCGUGGGGGAGCUAUUGAGGGGAGAGAUGACGUGGAAGGGGAAAGAGGCGGAAGGGCUGGUGGAGGGAGGGGUAUCGAGAGUUAUAGAAGAGCUAGAAUCGGAGCUAAGGGUGAGUGGCAGGAAGCAUGCGUUGGAGUUACCUGGACAGCCGUCCCUGCUACCGCUUCAGCCGCCAGAGAAACGCUUGAAACUGCUUCAAGGGGAAUGCGUGCAGCAGCAUCAGGAGCAGGACCAGGAGCUGCCGGAGCUGCGGAUCCACCAGACCAGCUUUCUGGAACCUAGGCGCCGCGUGGCAGCAGCUGGUUGGUUGUCGGAGCUGCAGGAUGCAAUGGGAUACCGGUUCAGGGAUGAGGGGAUACUGAGGGAGGCGAUAAGUGAGGGGGAGUUGAAGUGGGAGAGGCGGUUUGUGUUCCUGGGGGAAGCUGUGCUGGACUUUCUAGUCAUGCAUCACAUGGUGCGAGCAACAUUUGGAGCGGCCCAUUCUCCUGCUGCCACGUCACCGCAUGCCACGUCAUCACACACUGCCCGGCCGUCCCCGCACCAGCUGACGAACCUGCGCAAGGCCGUGAUCCACUCGGAGCGGUUCUGCCAGCUGGCGGCGCCACGUGGGCUGCUGCGAUUGGAUGUCUCUGAUCUCAUCAAGGCCCUCACAGCAGCAGUCUUCCUCGAUUCCACUCUUGCAAACUCCUCCCCCACCACACUCAACCCCCGCGCACCUCUCAAUCCCCCAUGCCCUCUCACCCGCACGUGGCAAGUGGUUUCUUCGUGGCUCUCCCCCAUCCCUCUGCUGCAUCCCCUCUCCCUCCACCCCCCCUCCGCCCUGCUCCUCUUCUGCUGCGCCCUCGCCCUCCCUGCUCCCAUCUACCUGCCCAGGGCGGAGGGGGGCGGGGGAGGGGGGGAGCAGUGGGGUGGAAACUGGGGGGAGGGGUGGGGGGAGGAGUGUGGGGGAGAGUGGGGGAAAGGGGAGGGAGGGGAAAGGGAUGGGGAUGGGGAUGGGGCGUGGAAGGACGAAGAGGGUGGGGAAAGGGAGGGGGGGAUGGUGUGUGGAAGAGACGUGGAAGGUGGAGGAGGGGAGGAUGGGGAGGGGGGAGAGGAAAAUGGGCUGUUUGAAAAGGGCGUGGGGGUGAGAGAAGGAAGUGGUGGAGGAGGGGGAGGGGAGGGGGAGGGGGAGGGGGUGGUAAUGGAAGUGGAGGUGAGAGGAGUGGUGCUGGGGGAGGGGUGGGGGGUGGAUGAUGUAGCAGCAACGGUGGAAGCAGCUUCUGGCGUGCUGAGGAGGGCCAAGGGCUUCAGGCAGCUGUACCAGGAGGCAGAGGGGAUGCGCGCGCUGGGGGCUAUGAGGGCCGCAUGGGAAAUGCAGGCAGAGGAAGGAGAGGCGGGAAUAAAGGAGGGUGAAGCGGGGAAGGAGGCAGGAGGAGGAGAAGGUGUAGCGGGGAUGGAGGGAGUUCAGCCUGAGGGUGGCUUGAAUAAUGGAGGAAAUGGUGAUGGCAAUGGUGGGCAGGGGAAGGCAGCAGGGAAGAAGAGGAAGCGAGGGAAGUCUGGAAAGGUGGUGGCAGCAGCAGUGGGAGGCGGAGACGCGGCGGCACUGGGAGGGGAAAAUACGAUAGGUUCGGCUGCUCCAGGCGCCUUAGUUGGGCCCCGAGGCUGUGAGCCAGGCCCGGCAGCUAUAUCUGCCCUGAAUCACACGUGCAUGGCGCGGCGAUGGACGGCAGUGUACAGUGAGAGAAUCAUAUCUUCAACUGCACACACCAAGGCUGCCUUAGGCAGUAACGGAUCAGCACAAUGUGGGACCACUGCUGGGGGUGAUGCUGCUGCUGCUGCCACAGUCGCUGGGAACGUUACAGUGGACGGUGGUGGAUCUACCGAUGGUGGUGUUAUCAAUGGUGGAGAUUCCACCGUUGGUUGCUCUACCAGCCUUGCUGCUUAUGGUGGUGGUGGGGAGGCAGUUGGUGGUGCCAGCUGUCAACCUGCUGGUGGAGAUACAGGCGCUUCCAGCCCUUUCACGGGGACGACAAACGGCGGAGAUGCGAUCAGACACGCGUCGUUACACUCCGCGAGGUUACGAGCAGCCAGUUCGUUCGGUGGUCGUUCUGGUAACGAGCCGUCCCUUAGCGAGGACGGAGAGGUAGCACCAGCGACGUUACCCGAUCCGCGGCGUGGCGAGAGUCAGCAGAAGCAGCAGCACCAGCAGCACCAGCAGGACCACCAGCAGCAGCACCCCCACCAACACCCCCUUCUGGGCCUGCUGCCUUUCCUGCGUCCCUUCCUCCCCCUCGUCCUCCGCGCGUGGCUGUGCACCGCCGUCGCCCUCACCUCGCUGCUCCUCUUCAUCCCCCGCUUCGGCGCACUCACCACCCUCCUCGCUCAAGGCGAUCUCCGGGCUCUCACCCGUGCGACAGGUGUCGUGCUGUUACUGGUGGGAGCGCGGUCGGCAGCGACGUACUGGCAGGACGCGUGGCUGUGGGAAGCAGCGAGCGGCGUCACUCUCGCCGUGCGCUCCCAGGCGUGGCACCACCUGCUGGGGGCUGAUCUGGGGUUCUUUGAAGGGCGAGGGGGAGGGAAGGCCGCAGGUCGGGGCAGUGGGCGCGGAGGAGGGGGAACAGGUAGGAAGGGAGGAGGUGGAGGGGGGAGGGAAGGGGUUGAAGAGAUGGAAACCAGUGGGCCAGGAGAGGCAGCAGCUGUACCAGGGGAUGCAGUAGCAGCAGGGCCAGCGGCUGUAGCCGCAGGUUCGGCAACUGUGGCAACUGAACCAGCGGCUGUAGCAACAGGUUCAACGGCUGUAGCGACGGGGGACCUGGUUUAUCGGUUGACAGCGGAGGCGAGGGAGGUGGGCGAGGUGGUGUUUGCGGUGCUCAAGGCGGCGGUGCCAGCUGUCUGCCAGGUGGCAGUCAUGCUGACGCGGAUGGUCCAGCUCAGCCCGGUGAUGACGCUGGCCACUCUGUGUGUGGUACCACUCAUGUCAGUCAUCAUCGCCUCGCUAGGAGAGAGGGUCCGCCGUGUCUCCUCAGAAGCCCAGGCAUCCAUCGCAGCCCUCUCAGCGCGGAUCACCGAGGUCCUCCCGGCCAUGCUGCUCGUCAAGGCGCACGCAGCCGAGCCGUACGAGGCGCUCCUGUUCCGCCACCUGGCGGAAGCUGAUAGGUCCGCGCGGCUGCGCAACAAGCGGCUCAAGGCGCUGUUUCCAGAGGCUAUCACGGCGGCGUAUGCGGCGGCGGUGGUGGUGCUGUUUGGAGUGGCCACGUGGGCAGUGGGGCAGGGCGGGCUCACUGGGGCUGGGAUUGUCUCCUUCUUUACAUCACUCGUACUUCUUAUUGAGCCCAUUCAGGCAGCAGGCACUGCAUUCAACGAGCUGAAGCAGGGCCAGCCAGCCAUUGAACGUGUGCUCGCCCUCACACGCUUGAACCCACCGCAUUCCACCGCUUCCCACUCCUCCUCCUCCUCCUCCUCCUCCUCCUCCUCCUCCUCCUCCUCCUCCUCCUCCUCCUCCUCCUCCUCCUCCUCCUCCUCCUCCUCCUCCUCCUCCCCCCCCUCCCCCUCCUCCUCCUCCUCCCCCUCCCCCACCCUUCAAGAAGUGGAGAAAGACAUUGGAAGGCUAGAGGGAGACAUUGAGUUCCAAGGGGUCAGGCCUCAUGGCCAGGUUCUUUUUUCGGGCACGGUGGCGCAAAACAUUGCAUACGGGCAUCUGGAAUACCUCUCCUUGGAAGCUUCCAACCUGCCCGGAAAGGCAACAAAUUUGGCAAUGGUGGAGCGAGCUGCCCGCCUUACCAACGCACAUGAAUUCAUUUCUGCUCUGCCCGAAGGCUACUUCACCCAGCUGGGCCCGCGAGGGGCGUCUCUCAGUGGCGGGCAGAGGCAGAGGCUGGCCAUCGCCCGAGCCAUCUUCAAUGACCCUGCCAUCUUGGUCCUGGAUGAAGCCACGUCAGCACUGGACAGCCAAUCAGAGGCUCUCGUUCGCGACGCUCUGCGCCGCCUCAUGGUGAUUUUGGUGGCACACUGGCCUGCAGCCAUUGCUGAUGCUGACCGGGUUCUACUGGUGGAGAAGGGGCAAGUCACGGAAAUUACAAACUCAACUUCCUGUGCGCUCGCUCACCUUCUCCCCACGGUGUUUGCUCCCUCACUGAAUGGGCCGACUUGCACGUUUUUAUUCUCCCCUCCAUCAGGUGAUUUUGGUGGCACACCGGCCUGCAGCCAUUGCUGA